AUGCUACACCCAAUCCAUACUCAACCGGGAGACUGGGAGAGAGCACAUGAUAAUCCUGACUUAAAAAUUAUCACCUGUACGGGGCCCAGCGAGAAGAAUCCUAACCGAGAAUGGGAGUAUAAGAUAUCCUCGCCAGGGUAUGAGGUAUUUCUGCCAUUCGUCGCGACGGAAAAGACAGACUCGCAUUCUACGUGGAACAGCAUUCUCCGACGGCCCUCCCGAUGUGGAAACACAGGGGACGAUAAAGCUCUCCGAUUCACGCGCUCAAAGCUAAGCGACUGCCAGGAAAACCAUUUGGAAUGCAACCUAGAAGAGCGGGACUGGGGUCUUCCAACAAGGGUUCUGGACCUGGGUGACAGAGUCAGCCCGUUGACGUCCGAUACGAGGCUCUAUGUGACGCAUAGGGAGCCGGAAGCAUACGUCUGUCUCAGUCAUUGCUGGGGCUCAGAUGGAGGAUCGAGGCCUUUAGAAACGACAGUCGAAACACUGUCCGAGUUUGAGCAGGGAAUCUCGUACCAAAAUCUGCCAAAGACAUUCCAAGAUGCGGUCGUUUUCACGCGAAAGCUAGGGUACCGUUUUCUCUGGAUUGACUCGCUGUGUAUUGUCCAAGAUGACAACGACGACUGGCUGAGGGAAGCCGGACGCAUGGCCAGUAUCUAUGAGAAUGCAGAUCUAACACUGGCUGCAGCUUCGUCGUCAAACAGCAAGGGUGGUCUAUUCUUCAAGACGAUUCCUGAGUCCCUCAUCGAGGGGAACGAGCAUGAAGAACUACAUCCUGCACUUCGUCGAUUCUCGGAUCCAUCAUUCUUUGAGUAUGGCCGUCGUCAAUCGCUUGUAGAAAAGUCAGGCCCGGACGUUAGCUCUCCGCUAAUAAAGCGUGCUUGGAUAUAUCAAGAACGCAUCCUCUCUCGCCGCAUGCUGUACUUCACGCCGCUGGAGCUCGUCUUUGAGUGUCGAGACUCAAAUAGUUCCGAGUCUGGCUAUCAGUGGAUUGAUUCUAGCUGUAAACAUGCCUUCACGCCUGUUUACAGCGCAAAGAUCUCUGGCGAAUUGGUUCCAUCCCUGUGGCGCAAAGUGGUGAGCGACUUUACCCAGCUUGAGCUCACUCUAAACAAGGACACAUUACCAGCCAUAGCCGGUGUUGCCACGAGAUUUUCCAAACGAUUAGAGGGAGAAAACCCCAUCGGCUAUCUAGCCGGUGCGUGGAGAGAGACAUUUAUUCAAGACAUGCUCUGGGAGGCAGAUUCCCGUACAGCUGGUAGCUCGUCGCGCAUCGACGCCGGCAUACCCUCCUGGUCCUGGGCUCGGAGUGACCUGCCUAAAACUUACCAAGAUACGAAUUACCUGCAUGCCCUCUGUCACCUCGAAGAUGCAGUCUGCGUCCCUCUUGAUUCCACAGGCAAUUUUUUCACCGGCGUGAGCUCUGGCUACGCCGUUCUUUCCGGGCACUUGCUACCGGCAACAAUGAGGUGCGCUGGUAUGGUGGUCGAUCAGAACCCGAGGGUGCACUACCAGCCGGAUAGGGACUACGCCUGGUUUGACGAAGGACCCGAUAAAGUCAACGUUGGGGACGAGUUGUUCGUGCUCCCGCUGUUGGUGUCACAGACUGAUCAUGAUCUUCGUAUCCAUGCGCUCGUUCUCCGACGCUGUAGCAGCAACAGCGACGCCUUCAUACGGAUUGGUAUCUUUGGGAUGCCAAUUUCGGUGCACCAUCUUCAAAGUCAUAAUUAUAUCUUUGAGGGGUCUGACCCUGAGUUCGAGAGUUCGCAAUCCAGUUUCCGGGCCCAGGCGAACUAUCUUCAUCUUUGUUUGUAUGGGCCUAAGGCAGAGUUCAAGUUCAAUGAGUUCUUCGGUCAGAUGCAUCUAGACAAGUUGAGGUUUGCAAUGAAGGCCGAGAUGGAAAGGGUAGAAGAAUGGCGCUGUCGAGAAGCAGGAGGGGAAGUGCAGGUUCAUCCGAGGAGUUUGAUUAAGAUAGUAUGA